AUGGAAGUGAGUAAAUAUUUGAAAAAGUUCAAGUUGUUAUUGGAGUAUGUGUUUGAAGGAAAGGUUGUGUUAAAUGAGAAUACUACGGAAAAACUAUUGAAACUUCUGGAAGAUCGCAGUGAUAACAGGUUGCAGGGUAAGCGCAAUAAGGCACCGCGGCCUCGGCCUAAAGUAAAAGAGGGAACAGGAGGGUUUUUAGUCAGUCCCGGCAAACUCGUAUUGGAUACACCUUGCUUCUCAGAUCUCAUAUUUAAUUCACUCGAGAGCAUACACAAUGCCACGACAUCAGUCAAAAUCUUCCUCUUUGAAAUCGUCACGAUACUCUUCAAGAAUGAGCUUCAGUUUGCCAAAAUACAUGGUUCGAUUUUCACAUGCAUUCUCGCCAACUUGAGUACUAAAAAUCGAGGGCUUAAUUUGGCUAGCAUAAAGUUGGCAACGGUGCAAAUAACCCAUCUCUCUGGACUGAAAUUACUCCUCGAACAUAAGGUUUGGCAGUACAUACUUAAUGACAACACCCACAGGGCACCUAUUAAAAUAGCAAAUGCUUCUUACAACUUCAUUACCAAACUGAUUUUGGAGUUGAACGAAUACGAAAUGGAAACAGAACUGUCAGAAGUACUGGAUUACAUUGUCAAACCUAUUAUAUCGAGCUCAUAUCAUACAUUGAAAAUUAUUGACAACGAGACGGACACGAUACUAUCAGAAAAAAUAUAUUCCUACAUGUACGCGUUGUUAAACGUACUGAAGGCUAUGGAAGACUUUCCAGUUAACCACGUGGUACAAAUGUUACGGUCGUGCUUCUUAGUAGAGCGUUCCAUAUUUGUUAUUUGGAAACCCUUACUGAUGUGUGCGAACGAAAUAAAACCCGGUCGGACGCAGGAUGAAAAACAAGAAUUUAUAGAAAAGUUUUUAACAAAGAUAGGAAAGACUUUAACGGAUCAUAUAUUUACUUUGUGCUAUACGUACAAGCCAGUUAUAGAAACCCAAGAUUUGACAGAAACCGCUAUUUGGACUAUCAGAGAAAUGUACAGAUUGAAGGACCAUCUCACACAGACACAGGCUGGUCUGUAUUUUACGGCUCUGUACCAUAUGCUGGAUAUUUAUAUAUUGUUAGACGGAGCUGGUGGACUCAUUGUGAAUAACAAUCCCAUAAAGACGCCGAACGAUAUGAGACUGUUGUCAUUAGUAUUGGACGCAAUACGAAUGUUGCUGAAGGAUUACAACAUAUCGUGGUAUGAGAACGUCGAGAUCGCAAGCCUACAAGAAGGUCUCAUGAAUUUACUCAAACAAGACAUCUUGAAUACAAAGCAAAUAGUACAAGUUUUAGAUCUGAUAGACCUUUGCAUGAAGAAGUUCCUGUCACCGAACAUGACGCUGCUAGUGGAAAGCAGACAGGAGAGUACACUGACUGUGAUAGGAGCAGUAAUGAAGACAUACAUGCACCACGAUGAUUGGGAGGUACGGGACUCAGCUUUGAACCUACUACUAAGCUGUACGGAUCUCUCUUUUAUUAAGUACAUACCCCUACAAAAGGUGAUAAGUGAGAACAACUUAAUGAUCUACGCUGCGAAGGCCGCGCUUACCGACCCAGAGUAUUACGUCCAGAGUACUGGCCUCAAGUGCUUGGCUUCAGCUACCAAGAUCGACAGCAUUUGGAAAGAGGUGCUCAUCGAUAAUCCGCAUAUUUAUUUCCAACUGGUCUACAUAUUGAGAAACAACCCAGAAGGGAUGGUGCGGAAAGAAGCAACGAAAGUUCUAACCAGCGCUUACAAGAACCAAAAGCUGUUACCAACUUUUCAAUCAACUUUGUACGAAGUAAUGAUAUCAGCCGCAUUGGACGACUUGCACUGGGAGGUGCAGUUGGCAGCAUUGCAGUUCUUCAAACACGAGAUAGCCAACCAACUGUCUCAAAGAGGAAUGAUAGACGGGAAGUUCCCUUCCGUUACCUUCUCUAAAGAAAAACGGAAGAUUAUAACGUUAAACGACAAAGAAAUACUCCGGCAACUCACAGCUAUAAUGCACGCUCUAUCCUCAAUAGGCUGUCUCACAGUUCUGUACGAAUGUAUGAACGAAAUGCACCACCUAGAAGUUAUGGAACAAGCUUACAUCAUGGCUACCGAACUAAUAUCAAUUCUAGAUCAAUAUAAAUUCGUCAGAAUCGUCGACAAUGCUCUCACUUACCCCAUGAACUCAAAGAACGAUGAUCAUGAUGAAGAAAUGGCACUAGAUUUGACUAUAGCAAAUAAUGCUGAUGCUAGAGAAAAAGUUAUAGAUAGCAUAGUUAAUACUAAUCAAAGUGAACUCAUUAUGAUUCUACAUGAUAACAGUUUUCAAACCAAAUCUAAUGAAAUGGAAGAAGACUACAGCCUGUGUGUACAACGUAAAGAAAUCAUACAUCCGAAUAAAUUCCUAGAAACAUUUAAAGGCACGAACUUCCGUGCAAUAAUUAAAGAAAAAAAGAAAUGGAAUUCAGAUGUCAAUCAUAAUUUAGAUGGACUGCUAGAUGAAAUUUUAGACAUAUAA